AUGCUCGAUCAGAUGCCGUCAGAGAGUUUGAGAGGAUGCAAAGAAAGAAAGGACGAGCAGCUUGUCCGUAUCCGUGUGGCGCGAGCAAUAGACAGGAAAGGAAACGAUCUCGUCUCAGGAAGGUGGCGCCAAUGCGUCGAGCAGGUGUCUCUAGCCAAUGUGAAAAGACGCUGCGAGAAGGAGACGGAGAGGAUCGAGGAGAGGAUAGGUGUAGAGCGAAGGCAAGAUGCGGUGGCCAAUCCUCAGCCUACUCGAAAGUCUCGGUGUGGAGAAAUCGACAGCGUGGAAGCGUGA